UUUUCUUUCAUUCGUAAUUCGUUAAGUGUGUUAAAAUAACAAUAUUAAACCUGGCGAGAAAAUUGCGUUACUAUUACUCUUCAGUUAAGAGGCAAAAAUGCACUCGCAAGAGGCAAACGUGCCAGGGGAAAAUUAUUUGGCUGAUGUGGCCCUUCCGAUACCUAUUCAGAUUUUUCUUUGGCGUCAAGUGAGUCCGUUUGUACGGCCGAAGCUUGGAAAACUUCACGAGGCUUCAUGCAUAUUUUGUCAGCACGCAAUCACCGGUCAUCACGAGUUGAAAGAAGCCUGCAAAAACUUCGAAAAAGUCCUUGUGCAAAACCUCUUUUCUGGCUUGAAAAAGGACUUGACCGAAGCGGUCAAAACCAUCCCGAGAUGGCGGCUGAUUCAGGCGGCUCUACCGCACGUGAUGCACGCAGUCCAGUCGGUUUUGUACAGCCGGAUGAGGGACGGGAAUUUACAAAAUUUAGGCGCUUUAGAAACAAAGCUGCUCUACACUUUACAUUGGAUUUUGUUGGACGCCGCAGAAGAGUGCGCCGAAACUGAAUUCGAUAAGGAAGUUUAUCAUUACUCGCAUUUUCACUUUUUGUUUUCUGUACCCACCAUAACUUUGUUUGUGUAUCUUUUCGCUCCACUUUGUCACAACUUAAGAGAGUCUGAUUUCCAAAAUUUCCGUUUGGAAAACGGCCUCAAGAUCUGGCAACCAAUGUGGGAAUUCAGGCAUCCGGAAGCUUCCUGCUUCAUAUCCCAUUGCAAACCAAAACCCAAAUUUUUCCAUGGCAAAAAUAGCAAAUGGAAAUCGCAAAUUGAUGAUGUAUUUACUGGGCGAAAACCAUCGCAUACUUCAGACUCAGCUACAACAGGCCGCGAUAGUCCAACUUUGGGCCAGUUGAGCAAUUCCAGCUCGCAGCAGCAGCACCAAUUCAAUAUACCUCCAACUCCUAUAACUGUAGUAACAGCUACAAUCACACCAAAUGAUGAUGCAUGGGUUUCAUCCCCUAAAGACACAGUUUUUCCUGAAACAAUUCCCGAAGAAAGUUCCAGCACUGAAGAAGAACACGUAGUUAUUUUCAGCCUUCCUCCUCUCAAUGAAAGCGACGGAUUUCUUAAAGACCCAUCAAUUUAUACAGCUGAAACAAGCUUAAUUCAAUUAGCCAUGAGACGAAGUGGUAAAAUCAAAGAGCCUAAAGCAAGUAGACCUCCAAUGCAAAAAGUAGGCUCCUCAACAGACAAAGACUCCUUAGACUCCAGCGGUACGGACACCAAAAAACCAGAAUUUCACGAGCCUUUGAAAUUCGGUUCUCAUCACAUCAUGGAUUUAACUGCCGCCACGUUUCUGGACGUCGGCGUCCUCCGAUGUCUUUUCAUAACCGAUUGGCAAGAAGAAGGCAUUUAUUGGGCGUUGCAUUUCCUUUACAAUCGAUUGCGGGACAUCAGCGAAGAAACUGCCGCCCAGCACCAGCCGAGGAAACGCAGCAACUCUUUGCCGAUACCGAAAAUUGAAGUUUCGUUUUAUCAAAGCAACAGCGAUGCUAAAAAGUGUGAAAAUAAGGAUUUUAUUGAAGUGCCUGAGCCUAAAGAUGUUUCUUUACUUGCUGAAUCGCCAUACACCACCCAAAAACAAUCGUCGGACGAGUCGCUGCACAAAAGGGCGGCCAGCGAAAAAGGCCGACGCCGCAUGAAAAUCGCCGACCUUAAAGCAUUCGUAGAAACCAAAUUGCUGUCGAAAUCCGACAAGGCGUUGGAAAAGUGCGGCCACGACGAACCGAAACCGCUGGAACAAACCCAACCGGACUAUCACAGAAGUUUGGACACCAGUGAUGAGAUGUCAAGAAAAAAUUCGGACUUGGUGAAAUCGUAUGAGCCUGUUUUAAGCAGUUUGGUCAAAGGGAAAAGCAUGCCUAGUCUCAGCUGUUUGAUUGACGAAAUCAAUUCCGAGGGAUUUCUUGAAGAAAACCGCUGGGACGGAAGAAGAACAAGCAAAGCAGUUCAACAACAACCGAUGGCCAAUCCGAUUAUAACUGUCACUGAACACACUCCGACACCGUCACCAGAUUACUUAAGAAGACAAGGUUCCAUUGACAGUCAACUAGAUGCAACAAGCCUGUCAGGUCGCCUAGGUCAUUGGCAACAAGAACGCAAAUCGAGCCUAACAAGAUCACAAACCGACUCCAACAUAACUUACAACAGCGAUGAUAUUCCUGAAGCCCCUGGCUCGAUAUGCUACAUCACCAAAGAUGGCGAUAUCGAUUUCUACGUGGUACUCAAAGCCGUUUAUCGUACAUCCUUGCGCGAAGGCACCUCCUGCACCUUGAGGGUCCUAGAAGUGAUUCUGAACUUAUUAGAGCUUCUAAUCGAUAUGGGGAUUUUGAAGCAAAUCAGCAAUAAGGAAGAUGUGCAAUCGAGUCUUCCUGGCGAAGAGGCCAACGAUGACACUCCCAAAAAAACUGACAAAGAAAAAAUUCCUACUAGUGCCACACACACAUCGUUUGGGGGCGAAAGUGUUGCUUCUGACCCACCCAUGUCAGCACAUAAACUAAUAAUGAGCACCAUUGUGAGAGUCCUCAAACAUCUCGGAUGUCCGCACGGUUGCGUCGACGGCCAAAGAGGCCCUGCCGCCGAAUUUUUACGCACCCAAUGCCAAAACAUACUCACCAGAUUGCACAAAGCCAGUCAGAAACAAUUCAAAAAGUUUCUGAGAGAAUAUAUUAAAAAUCAGUCGCUGACUGAAAUUUUAGAUGUGCUACACGCUUAUAUGGGCUACUGUGUGGAUCCAACAUCGUUACUAUCGCCUUUAGGUGGUACUAGUGGCGUUAGAGGUGUGGAAGGUCACGUGGUCAGUCACUGUUUCAAACCAUUGGUAACUAGAUUUGUAGAAGCCUUGAAAGAAAUUCGAUCGCCCGAUAAUAUCGGCCUAUAUUGUGAAAUAAGACAGUUAAUGACGUACGUCAAAGAAGUCCAUGGAGGCGCUUUUAGAAGAGUGGCUCUCAGUGCGCUUAUCGACACAGCUGAGAGAAAUAACAAACGAGACGGGCCUGUGCAAACUACAAGAGUUAUACGACACAUGCAUCAAUCUACAAGUAACGUGGACGAAAACGAUAUAGACAUGCAAGGAGAAACAACCUACACCAUAGAUGAUAAGGGAGUAGUACGAAAGUUGCUAUUCAAAAAACGUAGCACUUCUUCAACAUGUCCUAGUUUACUAGAAACCGAAACUGAAGACUUAUUAACCAAAUCGAAUCAAAGCCCUUUGGGUAACUUGCGUAAAAAGCACCACAUCCUGACGCCGCGUCAAAGUGAGAAAGCCCUGGGCGUCGCCAUUGAAAGUAUUGUAAUCAAAUCCCAACAGAAAAAAUCCAAACUGGGCUCUUCCUUGGUUAACUGGUUCAAAAAGGGUGAGUCUCAGUCGGUCGACGAAAUAGAAUCGACCGAAAACGGGGCUGAAAGCUGCAACAACGAUUCUACGAGUUUCGUUGUCAGGCAACCGACUACGUCCAAGUAUUAUCACAGGAAAAGUUCUGGCAAGAGUCACGUCAGCCACACGUUGCUAAAGGCCAAAAGGCGUAUCGACGAUAAGUUGAAGUUUUUGAAAAAGGGGAAGAAGAAGGACGGCAGUAUGGAGGAAGCUGGCGGAGGCAGCAAGUAUUACAGCCGCAAAAACUCAUUUGAACAAGGCGAAAACUCCAGAGAAUCCGAAGUGGUUUUUUUGAAAGAACGCAAGCUGAUCUCCACAGGCACCGUAUACGGGGGCACGCAACGAUUAUCCUUCUUAUUGGAAACUUGCCCACCUGGAAGCGUACCCGACGCCUUCCUACUCGCUUCAGUUCUGGAUUUGCCUCAUUCGGCAAUAGUUGCAAGGGCCGCAGUGUUACUGGAAUGCGCCUACUUUGUACAUUGUUGCAAUAAAGGCCAGUGGCCCUCCUCACUAAAACUCGCCUUCCCAAUGUUCCGACCAUCCGGACCACUUCCAUCCAGAGGAGCCUCGCACACAAGCACCAGCAGAAGAUCGCACAUAAUGCAACGAGCCGCAGGCAAACAAUUCCAUCAAUGGGCCGAAGUGAUCGGACAUCGUCUAGAAGAAAUGAUUGCUGAGGACAAACAAAUGGAACUUGACGUUGCCACGAUGAUGUCGGAUCCUGACAAGCAGCGCGAGCUUCAAAUCCAGGACGAAGAAGAAGAUUAUUUGGACGAGGCCAGCAUUUAUACUUACGGCUCGAAUUGUCCUGUGAGUCUCAGGCUGAUAGCUUGUGUGCUUUUGCAAGAAAUUACUGCCUUUUUGAGGGAGACUUAUCAAAACUUACCGAAAUCUUCGAGGGUUACUGGCAAGGAAAGACCCGCACCGUGGGAGAGGUUUUAUAGUAAAGAAGCCAACAGACGUUGGAGCAUGGCUCUAUCAUCAAUGGGACAUUCGCAAACUUCAGCUCAAAGCUUACAGAGCAUUGCAGGAGACAGAGAUCCAGCUUUAACCCAAACGGAAAGAAAAAUCAGUUUUGUCCUGCACGAACCUGACGAAUCCGAAGGCAGCAGCAACACUACUAUGACCAUGCAGCCUCCAACAAAUCAAGAAGAUUCAAAAAAGAGCGGACGGCCAUAUUUGUUGCGUCGCGGUACGGCGGCACCUAGCGGAGGUUCGUUUAAAAGACGUAGUUUAAAAUUACGAAGAGGUACAAAAGAGGGUCGAGAUAUGGAGAUUGAGUGGCGUAUUCCGGAAACCGUUAAACGCACCGAUUCGAUACAGUCGAAACGUAAAGUGAGCUCGCUGUCGGAUCGUAGCGAUACUUCUGAGCCGGGAGUUGCUGGAGAAGUAAGCGGCGAAGAAUCGCCGGGAGUUUUAAGCGACGAUCAACCCCCUGAAAGUCCCAGUGACAGUAACGAAACUGACGACACUGCUAAAAAUAUGCCAUGGCUAAAGGUCAUGGUUCAAACCUCCAACGAUUUGUUCUACUUUUGCAACCACCAAAAUUUCUGUCAUCCGUUUUGCCAUCGGCGCGUCAUGCGAGGAUGUUCGCGCCUGAUCAAAGCCGUACGCAAAGUCUAUGGAGAAGAGUUUGGGGUCAUAGACGACAAAUUCACCAACGACACUAAUGUCAAAAAGAAAGCCAACAAAAAAGAGAAAAACAACCGAAAGGUUUCCGAUCAAACCAGUUCGCAAGUGAGUCCCAUAAGAAGGAAGGAUAGUGUGGGCAAAAAAGAAAGAAUCGAUGGUUCGCAAGCGAGCAAACUAGCCUCAAAAGACUCGUCCAGGGACAUUGCUGAUUCAGAUGGCGGCAACAACGGCUCGUCUACCAAAACCAACGACGAAAACAAACCCACAGAACCUCCAGCGAUUUUGAAGUACAUACAAACGCAAGUCAAGGACGUUUUCCAUGCCCCUUUAGCUACUUUGCUUAAAGGCGCUGUUAUUUUAACAGAAGAAAACUUUGCAGAUAUUGUUCCGGUGGCUUGGGAACUUUUGCUGGAAAUGAACCAGGAAGUGGCGGCAGCAGCUGCGUCUGUUUUCAUUUUAGGGUCGGUCAAAGCUCCGGCCAGCGUGACCGAGAUUAUGCAACAUGGACUGACCAAUGUUCAGCCUGUUGUUAGGAUUAAUGCGAUUUUGAGGUUUCAAGUUUUAUGGAAAAUGCGGUUCCAAGUGUGGCCAAGGAUGGAAGAAAACGCCCACUCCCUUUUUAAAAUUCCACCUCCAGGUAUCGAAUUCACGUUACCUUCACCGAAAAUUGGUAUUGAGUGUUUGGAUGUAGUAGACUCACCAUGGGAAUUGCUGGUCAAAACAAAAGUCGAAGAAGUCACUAUAAACCAGGAGAGACACAGGUCGCUGGUUACUGCUACCAAAACGCGCAAGAAGCAACAAACCGAACUCAUUAAAAUGGCCUUGCAGGCUCAAGAUGACAAAAAACGCGAGGAAAGAGAGAAUUUUCUGAUUACUACUAUUCCUAUAACGAUGCAGGCAGCUCAUGAGCCUAGUUUGUAUCAUACGACUGGAGAAGAACAUGCUGAAGAUGGUGACAAUGAAGAAAACGAGGGGGCACAAAUAAGAAAUACCGGCCAUCACUUGCAUUCAGCCCACUCGUUAUUUCCCUCAAAUCUUUGCGCAGCUGUAGUGUCUAUUAUCAGCCUACUAGACGACGCAGCAGUGUCAGCUGACGGCUGCGCAGUCUACGAAAUAGCCUAUUCAGUAAUUUGGACUUGUUUGGUAGAGGACAGUGCCUUGUUUUUGAGAUAUGUUUUGGAAAGACUAACUAGAGACAAGCAAGAGACAAUGUUCAAAAUCCUGCGGCAUUUGAUCAGAUUUAUUCCCAAACUUCCUCAACAAGCGGCCUUUGCUUUGUACAACUACAUAAUCGGUUAUGUGAUGUUUUACGUGCGUAGCCCGCAUGAAGAAGGCCAGCAAUUGAUCGGAGCAGCUCUGUCGCUUUUAUGGAUGGUUGUUCACAGUGUCCACGGGAUCAUGUUUAAAGAUUUGAAGCAGAUUUUACGCAAGGAACAGUGCGACGCUUCGAUUUUGUUGACGGCCAACGUGCCGUCGGCCAAAAAAAUUAUUGUUCAUGGACCGCAAGAUCCAGAUGCAGGAGGUAUCCCAUCCCAAUUCCCCGUACAAGAGGACACUCAGUUCUGCCAAAUCUUACGCGAAGCUUUGGAUUUCUUCGGUAUCGAAGAAAACAGGCACGCAGAGUACUUUUUAGUCGAUUACAAAACACAUCAAAUACGAAAUCCUUCAGCCUACGUGCGCGAUUAUUAUUUUUUCAAACGAUCGCAAUAUCCGCAAUUGGAACUGGUGCAUAUGGAACCUGAAAAGGCCUUCCACGCCUUACAAAAACAAGAAUUAGUGCACAAAUUUGUUGAGAGCGGCAAAGUCCUUUUGACGUGGGCCAUUCUUAAGAACGUAGACAUGGUGGUGCAAAGAGUGGUGUUUUUGCACGAAGAACUAAUGAAACUGCCCUCGUUUCCUCGCAAAGCUUUAGAGUCGGAUUUGCACUUGUACAAGAGCGGCCCUUUGGGCAAAGAACUAUUGGGCUUGGAUGUUUUGCACAAAUUCAUGUGGGUAAGACUUAUUGCAAGGAUGUUCGAGGCCAUGGCAGGAAACUUUGCUUAUUCCGGCGACAUACAUUUGUUUGUCAAUGUUUUAAACGGGGCCUUAAUUCUUCAUUCGGAAGACGCAUGCAUUUUGCGGUAUGUGAUGGCCACUUAUAUAAACGCUGCAUUUCACUUUAAGAACAUUUUUUCUACCAACGGGUAUUUGCUAAUCAUGCCAACUUUGCUUAAAAUCUACUCAAACCAUCAAACCAACAAGCUGGUUACUACGACUAUUGAGUAUGCGGUAAAGGAGUUUUACACUAUGAAUAGAAAACCGUUUAUUUUGCAAAUGUUUGGAUCGGUGUCUGCAAUGUUGGAUACUGACGAAGAAGGCACUUAUGGAAAUGCGCAUAAAAUACAAUCCAGUUGUUUGUUUAAUUUGUUGUUGAGUUUGGAAACCCCUUCACCAGAUCCGCUCUAUAUUGCGGAACUAGUCAAAGAGCAAGUAAGAGCUAUAGAUUUUUGUUACCACGACGAAGAUAAUGACGUCACAGUGCUUGAUUGCAUUUCUAUGUGUGUAAUGGUUGUUUCUUAUUCCGCCGAAAGUUGUAGAGGUUAUCAAAUGCUGGUUAUUCUAGAAGCAAUUUUGCCUUAUUAUGUGGACAAAAUCCAAAACGCAGUUUACAUAGCCAACUCGAUAAAGCGUUUCAAGAAAAACGAAAGAGAUAUAAUCAAUCAACUAUCAAUAGCUAUACGGUGUUUGAUUGAAAACUGCGCAGAACUAACCAAGGUUUACAACGGGCCCUAUAGGUCCAGUCCGGAGCACAAGGGUUCAAGUCAGCGCAACUAUAGAGGCCCUUAUUCGCCAGGCUUUGAUUUCGAAGAGGAUUCACAUUCUAAGUUUAUUGGGGAGCAUAAUAGAGCCAAAAGCAUGUAUGAACAUGAUACUGAGGAUAGUGAAAUAUUGAGGGCCGAAUAUAGACGACCAAGGGACGUAUUGCUGUCAUUGGUAAGCGAAUUCGUACUCAAAGUUAACGAACGGAUUGCAGAUAUAAUCAAAAAAGACGGCGAUGGAAAACCAAUAGAAAUUUUAGAGUGCCGUUCGCACGUGAGAUUGGCUGAUAUAGCCCACGCCCUACUAAAAGUUUCACCCUACGACCCCGAGUCGAUGGCCUGUAGAGGCCUCCAGUACUACAUGGCGUACGUCUUGCCAUCUACAGAUUGGGGUGAUGACGCAACAAGACCAGCUUUUGUGGCCCUUUUGAAAAGACUUGAAAAGGUUUUCAGCAAAAUACAAAAGAAGCCUUCAAUUAGGAGAAACACCGAUUGGGAUGCGGCUGCAGGUCUGCUCAAAGGUAUCUACAGCACCAUGCUUAAAUACCCAUACAUAAUACAUUGGCAUCAAAUUAAGCAGCUUAUAAUCGUUUGUCAGAGUCUGAUUGUUACGGAGUGUUGCGUGGAAGGAGUUUCGGGUGCCACUGCUGCCUUGCUGAGCCAGGCGCCGCCUCCGAAUUUUUGCUCUAUGGUGGUACGGUUGAUUGCUUUACAAAUUCAAGAUGGACAAGAAUUUUGUACAUUGGAACAAGUAUGCGGAGGCUCCACGUUUCCGACACAAGAACGCACCGAAAGCAUAAUCAUAAACCUAGUAAUGCCCCUUUGUCUACGAGUAGGGAGCGGCAGAAAAGACGUACCUCAAAUCAAACCGUCUGACGUCAGUUUUGCCAUCACUCUGGUACUUCACGCCAUGAGUCCUCCAACAAGUCAAAGUGGCGCUAAUCCCAAAGCUACUGCCGAAGCUAGAACCGGAAGUUUGACGUUCACUGGUACCAGAGAUACGAAAACGGCUUCGAAAAUCAACACUUCUUUGUAUCAAGUGUCGUUUUUGGCCCUAAAGAUGAUUGCAAUAUGUUUCGAGGAGCAUCUGAUACACGAUUGGAUGAAAAUUGGCAGGACCAUGAGAGAGUUGGGCAAGAGGAACGAAGCUGCUACGUUUUUGUGGGAUUUUUUGGACUUUGUGGUCACUCACAGGACUCCGUUGUAUAUUUUAAUGCAACCUUUUAUAUUUUUGAAGCUGGCUCAGCCGCCUAUAUCAGAUUUCGAGCGCAACAUGCACCAGAGGAUCAGAGACAAAAUUCGCAGCAUCGGUUUGCCUCUACCGAAAAGCAAAGGAGCUAUUCUAAUGGAUUUGGCCAAUCAAAUGAAGCUAUUGAAAGAGGAACUUUCAGAAUCUACUGAAUCGGAUGAUUCCAAAAAAGAAACUCAACCCACAGUGCAAAUGACAAGCGAAACUGCUCAUCGAACUCAAAGGCAAUCGCUUAUUGGUCUUUUAACGGGAGAAUUGAACCAUCAAAGGAGUUCCACGCACGAACACUUUCAACAACAUUUAAUGAAAGGCUCCUCGUCCAGUACGAGUCAAACUUCGGCUCCGAUGCAGCCGAAACAAGACGAAAAUAGUUCGGAAACGGGCGCCUCUACACCUUGCGCGUUUCCAGGUGAAACAUCGACAACUCCACUAAGUCCAGCCAGUCCUGUAGAAGAAGAAGAAAUCCAUCCGAAAUCGCGCCUGCAACGUAUGAUGCCGCAAAGCAGAAAAACUUUUAGGCUGCGCAGUAAGAGCAGGAGCAAGAAAUCAUCAGAACUUGCCCACUUGAAAUUGGAAUCGGAACAAUCCUCACCUCCAGGCUCUCAGGUUCAAUCUCCAGUCCAAAUUUUCUCGAGCAGCUUUCCGGAGUCAAAUUGCCCUUAUUCGCCUUUGCCUAACGAAUCUCCUAAAUCCCCUUUCGGCCCUUUAUCGCCGCCGCCUCAAAUUCUUCCUCCAGUAACUCACCAAUCGACUGAAGUCCAAAAAGUCAUGUUUCCAAUUAUGGAUCCUCAUAGGCUGAGGAUCGCGACGCGAGGCAAAAGCGGCGAAGGUUCAUGGGACGAAGAUUCUGCAAUUUCUCAGACUUCGAGUACUUCAGGGUAUAGGGAGUCGUAUCCUGUGAUGCAUUUGAAGGACCCUUUGGAGACGAGCCCUAAGAUUUUUCCGCCGUUGGCUUCGCCUGAUUUGCAUUCUUUGCCUUCAACUAGUAGUGCUGCUACUAAUAAUUUUUUGCAUCACGAUAACAGUUCUCCAGAUUGUUCUUUGAAUGAUAAUGGAGAAAAGACUGCUCUUUUGGAGAAAGAAGACCAAUCGUCUUCUAAAGAUUCUUUGUUGAUGGUUUUUGAUCAAGAUGCCCAAGAUGAAACUACGCUUAUAUAAAGUGCUUAAUGUAAUAGAUAGUCAUAUUAUUCGUUAGACUGAUUGUUGAUUGUUAUUAAAUAAAAUUUAGCUAAGUUCACAA